UGAACAAGGCAGGAAGAUGGUGAGUCUGGGCUCUUGGUUUUAGGUUUCUGGAGUUUAUAGGUGCAGAAUCAUGGCUUCCCACAAGUCGAUGCUGAGUCCUCUGGGGGGGACCAGGCGGGCCCGCAGGAACCUGUUCGGCCCCGUGGACCGGGACCAGCUGCAGGUGGACUACCAGGCCGCGCUGCGUAAAGACCUGGACGAGGCGUCGAGACGAUGGGGCUUUGACUUCAAGUCGGACGAGCCUCUGGAGACCGGCGACUUCAAGUGGGAGGGCGUCCCAGAAACCAGGGUCCCGCUGCUCUACAGGUCAUGCGUGGUGGCCCCCAGACGGGCAGAGGGCCCGAGGGUGGCAGACGCCGCGGUUCUGACCAAAGGAGCGAGGGUGGAGAAGGAGAACCUCCCUCAGACGCCAGAGAAACGUGCAGGGGAGCUGGAGGCCCUGGAGAGAACGCCGGAGAAGGGAGACACCGCUGGGCUGAAGAGGAAACAGACAAACAUUACAGACUUCUAUCAGGCCAAGAGAAAAGUCGUGUGGAUGCCCAGGAAGUCUGGGGAGUGAUUCACAGAGAUGCUGCCGGAAAAACGCCCAAGAAACCACACAGGCAGGCAGCACCUGACUCAGGAAUCAUAUGUUCCACACGGACUCCAGCAAUGAAUCACCUAAACAAAAAAAAAAACCCACAGGAGAGCUGCGUGUCACCGCUACGGCACACAGUUAAUUAGGGUGCCGCAUAGGAGGGGCCCUGGCUGGCUUCUUCCCGCCCAGUGGUAAGAUUGGGACAUUUGAGCAGAAAAGAUUAACAGUAAUCCCAGGAAUCAGUGGAUUUAUACUCAUUUUGGAUCGAGGGGCUCGCCAAAGCGCCGUCUGACAUUCGCUGCAGCCGCUCUUACGGGGAAAUCUCAGCUUGUCGGUAACUCUCUACCUCUCACCGGAAAGAAGGAAGGCUGGAUGAAACGUUUUCAGAUGUCACUGAGGUUAUUGGGGUCGCAGGAAGAAGCUGAACACCGGCUGAAAACUGGAGAGAAUCAGGGGGGAGGGGAGGGGAAGCACUUUGUCUCCUUUGUUCAAAUGCACUAUUGUUUUUAUUACAGUGUUUUUCUACUUUAAAUACCUUCUUGUACUGUUUUAAACCUACUUAAGGAGCUCUGAUAAAAUGAGCAUGCAGAAGCUUUGCUUAGACUUUAAACGACGGACGUCCCAACUUGUUUCUUUCCACCCUGUGUGAAAAGUUUUAAGAUGAAUCUUUUUAAAUCAGCCCAGACUCUCGCCUGAGGGAAACACCUUACAGAGCUGGUGGCCUCUGGCGCAGCUAUCUAUAGCAUAUAUGUAGUAAUCUAACUCAGAGAUUUAUUGACAGAAUUUAUUUUAGCCUUGUCAGGUACCAUUGAGUUAAAAAACACCGCAGCGUUGCACACAAAUCUGACGGUGUUUCACGAGGCAUGGAGCAUCCAGCGCCACGUGGUCGUGCCGUUUUUUUAAACUCCAGAGAGGACAAUCAGAAGAAAGUGUUCCUGGACACAAAUGUAUUAUUUGCUAAGCUGAAAUCACAAGCUGUAUUGUUUUUUUUUUAUUUAUUUAUGUUUAUUUUUGUUUCUAAGCACAGCACAGUUUUAUCAAAUAAAUCAUGUUCCUUUUUUUUUUUUUUUUUUCUCCCCUGACAUUUAUCUCUGUUCUGGCAAAUCCUGCCGCUAUGGAUAAUCUGACCGGGUCACAGACAAGGGCCUGUAAUUCUAAUCCUUUACGUACUGACAGCUUUGAAAUGUCCACCGCUUGCAAAUCCAAGGCGAAAGAAUCACCCCAAACAGCGAAAGCCCUUCUGUUGAUAGAUGCAUGUGCCCGGGUCCUGUAACUGCAUUGUUUAUGUUAAAAGCUAUAAAUAUGUGUACCCUUUAUUUAUUGAGCGAUUGUGUUCCAAGUGUCGAUUUAGACUGUUUUAAUUAUGACACGUCUGAACCUAAAUAAAAUGUUCAAGAGGC